AUCACUUUAUUACUGAUAAGCAGCUGAAAGCUUUGAACCAUGAGCUGCUGAUUCAGAAAACCACUAAGUUUCUUCUUCGCUUUUUUUUCCAGUUGCUUAACCGCCCAGUUUCUGCACAUUCUCACAAACUAUUUUAGCCUAUAAGUAGCCUCCAAAAUGCCAUUUUCUUAGCACAUAACAUCUCCCAGAAAUUAGAAGCAGCAAAAGCAGAACGAUGAAUUCAAGCCAAGAACACGCCAUUGGUAUUCCUUUCAGAUCUGUGGCAGAAAAACCUUCCCUUCAUGAACCAAUUGUGGCGCUCGCUCGCACUACGCAGUAUGGCACCUCUCAGCUUAAGCAGAAGGGAGCGGAGUCCAUUAUUGGCCUCGUGAACAAGUUCAGAAGAAAAGCGGAUAAUCUUGCACAGGGUAUCCGGGACCAUGUAAGCAUGGGGCCUGGAGUGUCUGAGACAGUGAAAGCGAAGUUGAGGUUGGGUACAAGGAUUCUUCAAGCAGGAGGAAUUGAGAGAGUGUUCAAGAAAAAUUUCUCCAUUGGGGAGGGAGAAAGGUUGGUGAAGGCCUUUCAGUGCCAUCUUUCAACUACUGUUGGUCCUAUUGCUGGUCUCCUCUUCAUUUCGACAGACAAGAUUGCUUUCCUGAGCGACCGGUCUCUGGUUAUCAGAUCUCCUAGAGGAAAUAUUUCUAGGAUUCCCUACAAGGUAUUGAUUCCACUGAGGAGGAUAAAGGGUGUGAAUCCAAGUGAAAAUGCUAACAAACCAAGCCAGAAAUAUAUUCAUGUAGCAACCAUUGACAAUUUUGAGUUCUGGUUCAUGGGUUUCGUUAGUUAUCAAAGAUCUUUCAAGAACUUACAGAAAGCAAUAAUCUCAAAAUCACAAGUCAGCUUUUAUUAAUAGAGGAAUUGGAUAGAGAACACAUAUGCUGAUGAGAACAUUGGAGAUUCAAAACAUCUAGUUAUUAUUGUUGUUGAGAUUCCUCGCAUUGUUCUAGCUGUUAGUUUGAUGCCAACUCCUAGUUUUGAUUUCUACGUCUUAUUUGUACAGCUAAAUA